UCCUGUGGUGACGAUACCAUUGGUCCGGGAAUAAGUACUUCGAAUUGUCGUGGGGGGUUUGAUUUUACUGUUCUGUUUGAGGAGAGUUUCCUGAUAGUAGCCCCAGCGUCUGUGCUGCUCAUACUUCUCCCAUUCCGAGUGCUAAACUUGGCGCGCCAGCCCCGUCUGCUUCCACGAAAUGCCAUACAUUCGAGCAAACUGAUUGCAGUCUUCCUAUACUCGCUACUGCAGUUGGCUGUGCUUGUUGAUGUUGCACUUUAUCCCCAGCUCCAGACAAGAGUCUCGAUUCCUGCUGCAGUACUCGCUUUAGCAGCAGGAUUAGGUCUUCUUGUCAUCUCCCACCUUGAGCAUACCAGAUCCAUCCGGCCAUCAUUCCUUAUUACAAGCUUCUUAAUUGUCACGCUUCUUUUUGACAUAGUCCGCGCACGGACACAAUGGCUCUUUCACAAUCACGUUGCCUCGGCUGGGCUUUUGACAGUUUCAGUAGCCAUCACAGCGACAAUGCUUGUGUUUGAAGCAUGGGAUAAAAGAUGCAAUUUUGCCAGCUUAGGCUACUCAUUCUCACGGGAGGGCACCAGCGGACUUUUGAGUCGUGCAUCAUUCUGGUGGUUGAAUCCACUAUUGCGCCACGGCUCACACGAUGUGCUAACCCAAGACAAACUGCCACUUGUUCACGAAAGGCUCGGCUCAGAGCGUGUGGCAGCUGAUAUACGGCGGACGUGGGAUACCGCAAACCAGUCGAGAAAUCAUGCUUCGGCAUAUGCAUGUGUGCGAAGCCUCUGGAGUCAAUUGCUAAUCAUCACCAUACCCAAGUUAUUGCUCGUGGGCCUCAGCUUUGGCCAGACAUAUCUUAUCCAGGACGCUGUCAACUACGUUCAGACCGUCGAUACUCGUCCGAUGGGUGAGGGCUACGGGCUGCUCGGUGGAUUUGCGCUUGUCUAUGUUGGUCUGGCUAUCGCCACAGGCUGGGCGACACAGCUGACAUUUCGCAUGAUGGCGAGCAUGCGUGGGCAAUUGAUCUUACUCAUUUAUGCCAGGAUGAUAGUGCUGCCUGUAUGCAGUGUCAGAGAGUCCGCGAUGAUAUCGCUGGUUAGCACCGAUGUGCAAAGGAUCGCGGAGACGUUCCAUCUGUUUCUGGUGAACCUGGUUUCCAGUGUUUUGCAAACAGCAAUUGCCGUCUACCUCCUUUACACGCAGCUAGGCGCUGUUUGCGUUGCUCCAAUCUUCGUCGCCUUAGGUAAGCAGCUGAUUGCUGGGAACGGCAUCAGCGGACUACAGAGACGGUGGCUUGAAGCAAUACAGCACCGCAUCAACUUCACAUCCGUGGUGCUCAAUUCCAUCAAAGGCAUCAAGAUGCUUGGGUUGUCUGUGAUGAUGCGCGAUCACGCACAGAAGAUGCGAGAUGAUGAACUAGAUAUCUCUCGACGGUACAGAAAAUUUCAAUGCCUCAAUAUCGCACUAGUCAAUCUACCACAGAUUGUAUCUACGCUCGCGAUCUUCAUGACCUACGCGAUCGUGGCAAAGCUGCAGGGCUCCCAAGGAAUGCAAGUUUCACAGGCAAUCACAUCACUCGCAGCGCUGAAUCUUCUAUCAGUCCCACUAGCUACCUUAGUAUGGGGAAUACCAGUGGGCUGGGCCGCACUACGAUGCUUUAGCAGGGUUCAGGAGUUCCUUAUCCAGGAGUCGCUUACGGACGCACGGUUGGGAGUGACGUCUAUUGGCGGCAGGACAGGUGUGCCGCUGCAAUUGAGGCACAAUGAGAACCUGCAACAUCAGUGGUUGAACGCCAGUGCUGACGCAGCCCGCGUCCGUCUGGCCCAAGCCAGCUUUGGGUGGUCUACCUCAACACCUCAGGUGGUCAAGGAUGUGACGCUGGUGAUCGCCAGAGAUUGCAAGCUGAUGAUAGUGGUUGGCCGCACAGAAGCCUUACUACCUGCUCCUCUGUGUGCAAAGAUGGCUGGUAUUCGUGUUGGACCUCAUCGUUGCUGCUCUAGCAGUUAUUGUCAAGGGCCUGGCCAUUGCGCUGCGCUCGAGGCUUAA